CACAGCGCACAGGUUCACGUAGUUGGAGCCGAGACCAAGACCAGCCAGAAGACUCGGGUAACCGAGAGCCCACUGCGAGAUGGUGCGCUUGGCAAACAGACCGUUGUAAGCGAAACCCGUGAGGUCCAUGUCGGCGAUGGCGUCGGGUCCAGUGGCUAGGAAGGUCAGCACGGCGCUGUUGUUGGUCACCGUACGCAUAGCCUCCGGGUCCAUCGAGUUGAGACCGUUGACCCAGCGCAUCAUCUGCGGGCCGUUCUCAGCCACGAUAGCGAGAGCUGCACUGGUGUUGCUGCCCUUAGCGAACGAACCAAGCGCCAAGCGCACAAGGAAUGCCAUCUCACCACCAGCACCGGCGAUGACGCUCAUGUAUCCCGCAUCCAGAGCCGUGACCUCGUCCGUGUCGGAGCAUCCGUCGCAGCUCAUUUCCGGCUCGAACGUGUGGUACGUGUACUGCUUGUAGCUCACGCGGUCGCCAUCGUCCAAGAAUUCAACGUCCAGCUUGAUCUGGCGACGGCGGUACGUGUACGGGCCCAUUUCGCGCACCUCAAGGGCAUCGGCGUCUCCAGCAAGGUAGGCC